AUGGAGCGAAGAUCUCAGCAAGCAAGCUCUACACAACUGACCACCCAUAUUCGCCGGCUGACCAUCGAAGAUGAAGCCCUCCUUAAAGCUGAGCGGGAGCGUGUUGCGGCGGCGAACCGGGUCGACGCCGACUCGCGAAACGCCGCCGAGGCGGCCAACAUAGAACAGCUUGGCAACGAUUCGGAGAAGAUUCUCGAGGAUGUUGAACGCAUUGCGCGUGGUGAGGGCGCGUGCAACUUCAAAAGCGAUCAGCUGGUUGAUAUGCUCAAGAAGAGGGAUGACGAUUUCAAAGAGAUGUCUAAAGGUCGCCAGGUGUCCGCAGAUGCUAGGUUCCUGCUCGCUCAAACAGCCUACGUUCAAACCAGGCUUACAAACUUUCAGGAGACUACGGAGGCGCACCUUCAGCACGACAUUUUUGCUGCGAAAUUGACAUCCUUUACAAAAGACGUCGCCAACGCGCCUCCGACCGCCGACCGGAUCAGGGCCCCCAUCAACCCGCUACUGGCCACGGAUUCGGAAGAUGAGGAUGACGACGUCUUGGCGUGGCAGCCGAAAACGCAAAGCACACAGAAGCGACGACCUCGACCUUCGCUGUUCAACGGCAAGCAGCUGGCGUGCAUCGGGCGGUCCUUCCCGCUGUUCUACAUUCCGACGAAGCUCGUUGGACUGCGCCCACUUUUUUCCAAUAAAGCCAUAGCCCCGACGGCCGCCAAAGUGAAGAAGGAGAAAAAGAAGGAGGCUGCGGUGGCUGGGCAGAAGGCCAAGGCGCAACGUGUCGUAUUGGAACAAAAGACUGAAGGCGAAAACCAAGGCGAAGACCAAUCGUUGAUGAUCGAGCUCCAGUUCAUUCUGAAAUCACUGAUGAGAUACCUGAAAGCCAAUAAGGUGCGAUCGGUCGGCUACUACGAAUUCGUCGUCGAUCCGGACAGCUAUACGCGAACGGUUGAGAACAUGUUCCACAUGGCCUUCAUUCUCCGCGACCUCCGCGUCCGCUAUCAGAUCAAUCAAGAGACAGGAACCCCGGAAAUUUGGCACGUCCCCGAAGAUCAACUCAAGACGCUUCGGGAGCAGAACAAGAAGGGCAAAGUGCCGAGUCACCAAUCCGUUUUUGCAAUGACCAAGAAUGAUUGGAAGGACGUGAUCGAGAAGCUGAAUAUCACAAAGCCGAUGAUCACUCCGAUGGAGCUGCGCGGAGCGGAAGUCGCAGUACCAGAAGCCCCGCUUCGCCCUAUCGUUAACCGGCAGGCGGCAAUCGUUGACAGGAAGCCAAGUCUCAGCCAGCUCAAGGCCUCCCAGCCCGACUCCCAGACCGACCGGAAGCCGACUCGCGAACAGCUCGAUGCCCACAACGAAAACGAGCCGCGACGCUUAAAGAAGAAGCCGGCACUUGAUGAUGACGAGUCCGAUGAAGGCGACGCGGGCACCGUCAAGCGCGCAAGGCACGAA